AUGGGUGUUAUUAAACCAAUAUGCAUCGCCACAGACAGCAGUCGAUUUUACCUGUUCACAACUGCGGCAAGGAUGGGUAUUGUUGAUAACAAGGCGAAUGUCAAGUCAACACAUUACUUAUUGGUACGAUCCAACGAUAAUCCAAGUCAUAAGUUGAACGAUCUCACAUGGACCCUUAUCAGCUCAGUUCCUAAAGCUAAUUUAUCUCAAAUUGAGAUCUGGGAUCAAAUGCUCGACUUUAGUUGCGCAGUAGAUGACGAGGGAGUGUUCACAGUGAUUGCGCAAAACUAUUUUACAACUGGGUUGAAUGGAUUACAAUUCCAGCCAGUAGGUAAUCCGGACCAGCCAGAGGGAACAUGGAAAAAUAUUACGAUCCCUAAAGUGUACCCUUGGAUCACCAUGAAACCCUCUACUCUGAUCAGUAUCAAGAGCGGAGGCAAUGGACAGGACGGAAGCUCAAUGAACAAAGUGUUCCAUGCAUUCUUGGACAAAAAUGGCUCGGAUGUCAUGGUUGCUGAAUUGGAUACGACCAAAAUGACCAUGGUUCUGAACCCAUCUCCCUGGAAACCAACAGUAUUGAAACGCUACACCAUGUACGGGUUGGCCUUUGUCAAUAAUACAUUACAGCUCUAUGGACAUGGCUUUUCAGUCAAUGAAAUCAAUGGCCUAUUCUUAAUCCCGUUUAAUUCUCAAGGAAGCCCACCUACUGCAGGAAAUGUACGGAGCUUUGAUGCAACAGAAAUCUUUACAUACUGUGGAAACAAUGUUUCCCUUCGGCCGUUGAAAGAGAGGACUAUUGUAUUCUGCACUUACCCAAGGCCUGCUCACAUAUUCAUCUAUGACGACGGCUCCAAGCAACUGACUCAUUUGCCUGCUGCUCGGGAGACUUACGAUUCUGACAAUCUUCUAUCCUUAAUACCUUUCCCAGGAUCGCCCUAUCCAUAUAUUUUCAUGCAUGACCUUUCCGGUAUCUACAGUAUCCCACUCGAAGGACCUUUGGCCCGCGAAAAAAUUAACGCUAACAAAAACUUCACGAUCCCUGAUUAUUUUUUCACGCCUCCAAAUGGCAUUUUUAAUGCACCUCCAGGGAACUCAGGGCCUCCAAGUAACGGUGAUGGGAAUACCAACAAUAGUACCGCCCCUAAAGGGAACCCAGAUGAAGGACAGGGCCACAAAAGCGGUACUCUUCAUCCUGGAGUAAUUGGUGGGAUUUCUGCUGCAGUGAUCGUUGCGAUCGCUAUUGUUCUGUGCGUUCUCUUUCGCCGCCGCACACAAUCCAAGAGGGAAGAAGGAAUCCAGAAGGAAGGGGGUGCAAAGGGCAAAAGAAAGGCUUCCAUAAGCCCCAAGGAGGAAGAGCCACCAACGCCAAAAGCAGUGGUAACGGAAGAGGGGACAAGAGAUAUACGAGAAGAACUACGUGCAUCGGAGGAUUCAGCCCAACCACUUCAUUUAACCUUUACGGAUGUCCGGAUGGAGACACAUCCAGGAUACGGGAUCUCAUCUUUAACAGGGUCAUCAACAGCAUCAUCAAUAAUAGAACCUACGCUGUCAACGGUACCGACAUUAUCAGUCUCACCCCCAAGGAUGCAGCCCGCUCUAUUGGAGGAAAUAGCCCCUGCUCAUUCGCCUCAGCCACCAACUAAGAAAACUCAGUUGAAGCCAAUGGGCCAAACCAGCUCGAUCUUUGGACAAUCGGAUGUUACUAAUGAUAACGCUCUCGUGUCAGGAUCAAUUUAUAGUGAGUACCUGCUGGAGCCGCUUAGUUCUUUAACAACUCAACCGAGCCCACCCAGUCCUUUUCAAGUGCAUCCGGGUUUUACACAAAAUAACAACAAUCGCGCUAAUGUGGCUGGAGAACAAGAUGUUAAUAGACUAGCUUCAAACCAAAACCCUCAGACCACGCCAUUUGCCUAUAAUAUCGUACCUCCUGGGACGGGUUGGCUGAGUCCCCCAGUAAACAACCCUCAUACCAAACAAUAA